AUGUCCACCACGGCCCGCCGCAGGGAGUGGGGGAAAGCCAUAAGGCUAUUUGAUGCAACGCUCACGUCGCUGCUUCUGCUUGGUGUAAGUUGGGUUCUAUUUGGGGCGCUAACUGUGGAAGGCAAGGGCGUGCAAGUCACUGUGACGGCGCCAUGGACAGAGACGCCACUGCUGCAGGAAGGAUGUGAGAUGGUGGCGGCACGCGGUGCUCUUGGUGGUGGUUUCUAUCACUGCUUACAGGAAGUGUGGCAACGCGUUCAAGCUAUGAACAACAUUGGCGGGGCCCAAAGGCUGACGCAAAAAUCCCAGAGCGAUGUAUUGCUGGAUAUGAUGCUGAAGGACAAGUGGCCUUCCAUUCAGGUGGACUUGGCAAAAAUGAAACUUGCAGCUCGGUUGUACUCCCCUGCCGUAGAGGCACAUUGGCAGCUGGCGCGAACGGCGAGAAAACUUGCUGGUGGAUGCUCCAUUGAAGGGCGGCCCUUUGUACUCGUUGCGGGAAAAGUUGUUUGUAGUGAAGAUCUUCUUGAAGAGAUAUUGGCAGCCCCAGGUUUUGCAGAUAAACCAUGGGAAGGCAAAGAGGACGAGACGUUUGCCAUUUUCGUCGGUCUUGACCACAUUCAUCCAGGGUCAAUGGGAGGACGCGUUAUCAUUCUUUACGGAGUUGUCGGAGAAGAGCAGACAAUGCGGUUUCUUCAGGUCGCGGAGCGUCACUUACACCUGGUUCGCUUGGCCUUUCGACACCUUCCCGUGGUUGGACGGAUGUGGGAAAAGGCGCUUCAUGUACAAGGAUAUGGUGUAACAGUCGACCUAAAGAACGUGGAGUACAAGGUUAUCAAUGAAAAAAAGAAUGACGAGGCUGAGAUGGAUAUUGACGAUGCGGACACCAUAAGCGAAACUGAGAGCCUUGGGACCGUUGGUGGGUUCAAUAUUGCUCUCUUAGUUCAACGCUAUCCUCAGCUCAGGCUGCAGUUGACCACGUUUGCGGGGUAUCUUGCAGACAUGAUAGACCGCGAUGAGGUCAAGGUGGACUUUCAGAUGUGGGAAACCCAGUACAUGGGCAUUGCAGCCGCACAGCAGGUGAUGGACACAGCGAAUGAGAAGCGGUUAGGGGUUUUGAUGAAUUUUAUGACAAAAUUUCCACUUUAUGCAUCCAAGCUUUCCAAAAUGGGCGCUUCGGUGAACAAGAAAAUGAACACAACUAUGCAGGAGGAGCUGUUAGCCUUUGCGGGCGUAUUGCAUUCAGGAACACCGCAAAUUUUUUUGAACGGUCGUCGUGUGUCAAACGCGGAUUUCAAUCUCUUUUCGCUGCUUGAAAAGCUGGAGGCAGAUGAGGAACUGUACGAAGGUGUGCAACGGAUCCUCACCAGCUACCGCGUUCCCUCGGCCAACGACGAUGGGUUCGUUUCGGUCAAUAAAGAUGGAAUAAAUCAAGUGAUGAAGUUGCUGACGCGAAACGCAAAUCAGCGCAUCACGUCUUAUGGUUUGGAGAAGGGUGACACGGCGCUGCGUGUAUGGAUGCCCCAGCGGGAAAUUCUUUGGCUCAACAACCUCGAGCAGGACGUUCGAUUUGUUUACAUGCCUUCAGCCCUCCGAGCUAUCCUCCGGAUGGGACUCAACGGUAUUCCCACAAUUCCACGUAAAAACCUCAUUCAUGCCGUUUCUGUUGUGGAUCCCACAACGCCUGAAGGCGCUCAGGACAUUUCCACAAUCUUGAAACUAGAUCAAUCCAACCAGCCUAUUCGUUUUGGAAUUGUCUUUGCGGAUAGCGAGUGGAAGCCACAAAUUUCGGUCUCCACAGAAGGGAAUACUGUUCACUUGAAGCCGUCGCUUUCAAGUGUUACCGCGUUUAUUGCCGCAACCGUGUGGGAACUCCUGAAAGGGGAAGAACACUUGCAGGAUGUACUGGAGUUCCUUUCAGACAUAUCGUUUACCUUGGUACAGCAUGGUAGCAUUAAGGAGGAGGAGGUACUCAGUUUCUCGGCGAAUGUUCUCGCUUUGUCAGGGAAACGCGGGGUGAUGGAUAUUAUUACGGACCCAAGUUUUUUGGAACAUUAUCAAGCGACACAGGCGAAUCUGCGGAAGCUAAAGCUAGACAAAUUUCCCCUCACGCUCAUUAAUGGAAAUUUGUUUCGGGGAAAUGUGUUGCAAUCCCUUCGUCAGGGUUUCCUGACCGAAUUGCUACAUGUUCGUGAGCUAGUAGAAAACGGCGCCUUGACUGACGCUGACAGCGUCGAUUUCUACGAGGCUAUUCUUCGUUUGAGUGGGGCGCGGGAACGCUACAAUGACGCUCUUUACAAGGACAAAACAUACAUGGACUGGACACUGAAGCCCAUUCUGGACUUUCUGCAUCACUGGCCUUUUUUGCUUCCCCCUGGGAAGUCAAAGCGGCCACCGCUGGUGAGUAGUGUCUUGGUCAUUCAGUCCCCCGUGGGAGCCACCGCCCUUAGCGCCCUUGUGAAGGCCACCAAUAACCUUUUACAGUGUGUAGAUGAAACGGAGAAAUGCAUGCAUGUCCGUCUCACGUAUGUCAUUUGCGAUGUGGCGACGGAGGCCAAGCACCGCACACUGGUUGGAGAUUUGGAGCGACUUCUACUGAGCCGUAAAGAAGGGGAGGAUGUAAACCAACGGCUUCAAUUGGUCCAGGAGUUUCUUCUAAAAAUUAUUGCACAAAAUAAGACAAGACAGCUGAAUGAUUCCGAGGCAUAUGAGAGUUGGGUUACCAAUGUGGAAUUCCCUGCUGAGCUCCAAGGGCUCCUAGACGUCUCUGAUGCGGGCUUGUCUGCUCAGUUGCAAACGCAGCGUGGGGUCUCGAAUGGCUUCUGUGCGCAGGUGAAGGCUGAGUCAUCGUCCACGGUGCUGUCAUGGUCCGAUGAAGCGUUAGCAAGGGAACAGAAAAAAGACAAAGAGGCAGUGUACUACUAUGUCAAUGGGCGCCGCUUCGUCUACGAUGACAGCUUUGCAGAGGAAGAUUUUAAGGAGGCGGAUCAACAGGAGCUCCUCUUGGCGGUGGCCAUGUCAGAGGCACUCAGUGAAGUAAACUUCACAAUGCUAAGUGAUGAGCUGCAGCAAAGUGACCUUGACAGCCCCUUCUACGCCUCUAAGGUGGCUGCGCUUAAGGAACUAUGGAGGCGCAAUGUUGCUCGUGGCUCUCCGACGGACGAGGAACGCAGCUUGCCAUCCACAUCCGGUUUGACUUCGUUUGUUGUGCAACCUGUGAACGCCGGUACGGAGCCACGGCACACGUUAACGAUUGUUAUUGACCCCGUGGCGCAGCAGUCUCAGCUUCCUGUCUCGCUGUGCAAUUACGUCACACGUUCGCCACUUGGCGUCUCCUGCAUCGUGCACAUGGGCACGCUACAGCAGGCAGUUAAGCCUAUGCGCAAUUUUUACGAGUUUGUUAGUGAACUGGAGAUGCGAUUUGACGGAGUAGGAGGAGUUCUGCCGCCGACAGCAUUGUUUCACCGACUUCCCUCGCAACAUUUAUUGACGCUAGGCGUCGAGGAGCCGGAGAGCUGGACGGUGUUCCCGCUAGACGCCAAGUACGACCUGGACAACAUUGUUCUUGACAAGCUGCCGUCGUCCUCGCAGUAUGUACAUGCCACCUACCGCAUUAACUCGAUUCUCCUUACUGGUAGUGCAAGGGAGGCUGGACGAUCGGCUCCUGCACGCGGUUUGCCCCUGCUAAUACGCUCCACAAAUACGAACCCCUCUGCUGGCCUUACCCGUGACACCAUUGCCAUGGCCAUUCUGGGUUACUUCCAGCUGCAGAGUACCCCUGGUGUUUGGUAUCUUACGGUGCAGCCGGGCGACUAUGCAGAGACCUUCUACAUAUCUCAGGUCAACGGAAUUCCCGUCAAUGAUGCACUAAACAAACGACACUCCGAUAGGUUUAAUUAUACAGCAGGGCAGAACAUUCCUGUGGUGAUUUCCUCAUUCACCGGAAAAUUCUUGACACUUGAUGUCUCCAAAGCACCAGGCCGCGAGAAAAUAACGAUGGAGGAUAUUGAAGCGGCAUAUCCCGAGCACGCAGAUUGGCCACCAGGCGGUCCACGCACAAGGAAACCAAGGCACCCAACUCUUAACAUCUUCUCUGUAGCCUCAGGUCACCUUUAUGAGCGGUUUUUACGCAUGAUGAUUCAUAGCGUUAUGCAAACGUCCUCCGAUAUACAUGGUGCAAAUACAACUCGGAUUAAGUUCUGGUUUAUUGAAAACUUUCUAUCACCCCAGUUUAAGACGCUUAUACCCUUGUUGGCGAAGCAUUAUGGCUUUGACGUGGCCCUUGUGACUUACCGAUGGCCCUGGUGGCUUCAUAAACAGACAGAGAAGCAGCGCAUCAUAUGGGCCUAUAAAGUUCUUUUUCUUGAUGUUUUGUUUCCGCUGGAUGUAGAGCGCGUCAUUUUUGUCGAUGCCGAUCAAACUGUUCAGGCGGAUCUGCACGACCUCUACAACAUGAACAUUGGGGGUGCCCCGACGGCGUAUACGCCUUUCUGUAGAAAACACCCGAAUCAAGCUACGAAAAACUUUCGUUUCUGGGAUCAGGGAUUUUGGAUGAAGCAUCUGCGUGGGCGCCCGUAUCACAUCAGUGCCAUCUAUCUCGUUAACCUGCGACGGCUACGGGCGAUAGCGGGUGGCGACAAGUACCGCAUGGUGUACAGCCAGCUGAGCCCCGACCCUAACAGCUUGGCCAACCUGGACCAGGACCUCCCCAACUUCAUGCAGGAGGAGGUGCCGAUUUACUCCCUUCCCGAGGAGUGGCUCUGGUGCGAGACGUGGUGUGGGGCGGAGAGCAAGGCGCGAGCCAAGACGAUUGAUCUCUGCAACAACCCACUAACAAAGAUGCCGAAACUUGACAACGCCAAGCUUAUCAUUCCAAACUGGGAGGAAACUGACACAGAGUUGGAGGCUCUCUCAGAGAAACUUUUGAAGCAGCACAGGCAGCAGGAGCGGGAGGGAAACUGA